UCUUUUUCGCUGGCGAGAAAAAUCGUGGCCUUCUGAGGUUUGUGGUUGCACCCACCGUUCUUCACCUGCUUCAUUUUUCGAAAUGAAGUAACAAAGCAUUGAAGCAAUGGAUUCUCUUAAUCAUUACUAUUUUUAUUAAAUCCGUCUUUGUUUUUUCCUGAAGAAGUUUUCACUUUCGGUUUCUUCAUCCCUUUACUUGCUUGAUCAGAUUAUCUUGCUGCACAUUGUGCUCCGUUGCUGAUUGAUAUGUUUCGUUCAAAAAAACAUUCUCAAAGUCAUAAUAACGGUCAGGACAACGAUUCUACACAAGAAGAAGGGAAGAUCAAUGAACUUAGAGCUGCUCUAGGGCCUCUGUCUAGUCGAAGUUCAAAGUAUUGCACCGAUGCAUGUCUGAGGAGAUACUUGAUAGCUCGAAACUGGAACGUUGAGAAGUCUAGAAAAAUGCUUGAAGAGACGCUCAAAUGGAGGGCAGCUUACAAGCCCGAAGAAAUCCGUUGGGAUGAAGUAGCAUUUGAAGGCGAGACUGGGAAAGUGUCGAGAGCAAAUUUUUACGAUCGUCAUGGAAGAUCUGUGCUCAUAAUGAGACCAGGAAUGCAGAACACAACUCCAUCAGAAGCUAGUGUGCGGCAUUUGGUCUAUCUUUUAGAGAAUGCAAUUCUGAACCUUGGUGAGGGUCAGGAACAAAUGUGUUGGUUAAUAGAUUUCACCGGAUUUACAAUGAAAACCAAUGUCUCCGUCAAAAUAGCCGCAGAUAUUAUCAAUGUCUUGCAGAACCAUUACCCCGAGAGACUCGCCUUUGCUUUCCUCUACAAUCCCCCCAAGUUUUUUCAAGCCUUCUGGAAGGCUAUAAAGUACUUCUUAGAUCCAAAGACAUCUCAAAAGGUAAAGUUUGUAAACCCGAAAGACAAAGGAAGUGUGGAGCUGAUGAAAUCACACUUCGACAUGGAAAAUCUUCCCAGUGUGUUCGGAGGUAAAGCCACACUAGAAUAUGAUCAUCAGCAGUUCUCCCAGAUGAUGGGCCAAGACGAGCUCAAAGCUGCCCAAUUUUGGGGCUUUGAUGAGAAGGCCCACCACAGUGUUAAUGGGCAUUCCUCUGGCCCAGAAGUUGGACCUGAGCCCGUUACUUCAACUAACUAACUAACUAACCGGUGUAUCUCUCCUGCCUUCCCUUUACAGCCAUUUUGAAAGUUAAAUAAACAAUCAACUUCUCUUUAAUGCAAAGGAGAAGAUGUUUGGUCAUCCGUAAGUAAUAGUCUCUCCCAACCAACCAUGAGAGACUAUUGUUAUGUUGUGUUAACUUAUAAAGUAGAAUUAUCAAGAGAGCCCAAUAAUUUAUUUAAAAGAAAAUAUGUUGAUUUCUCUCUUGUAUAUGUCUCUCUCUGUAGAAUAGAAGAAACUUACCAUAAUUUGUUCACUUUGUUCCAUAUUUCUCCAUCUAUCAUUUAUAAUAAGACUAUAGAGGGGACCCAUAUCUUUAA